AUGAAUAAUAAUGACAUUAUAUAUUAACAGCAAUAGGAGCAAAAUGAGAAAAAACCUUCGCUUAUUGAAUAAUUGUGCUCUUGCAUAUAUUUCUUUCGAAAGAAAAAUGUCAAAAUAAAUGAAAGAUAUUAAUUAGGAAUUGAUACUCCCAAAUCUCAUACUAGAAAAGUCUGUGUUUUAGAUUUAGAUGAAACAUUAGUUCACAGUUAAUUCAAGGCAGAAGACGGUUAUGACUUUUUACUUAAUGUAUUUGUCCAAAGUCAAUUAUUCAAAGUGUUUGUCACAGUUAGGCCAGGUGUAGAAGCUUUUAUAGAAUCCUUAAGUGAGUAUUUUGACGUUGUAUUGUGGACUGCUAGUUUAAAAGAGUACGCCGAUCCAGUAAUGGACAUAAUUGAUCCUUAAAAAAGGAUUCAAACAAGGCUUUAUAGAGAAAGUUGCACUCCAAUUAAAGGAGGAUUAACGAAGAACCUAAAAAAAUUAGGAAGAAGUUUGAAGGAUGUAAUAAUAAUAGAUAACUCCUAAAUGUCAUUUCUAUUUUAACCAGAAAAUGGUUUUUUGAUCAAAGACUUUAUUUCGGAUAAAGAAGACAAAGAAUUGGAUUUAUUGUUACCAUUCUUAAUUUGGCUUAGUCAAUAAUCCGAUGUUCGACCUGUUUCCUAACUAUAUUAAUAGUAUUUACUAAAUAACUUAAAUCCUCGUAAAAGUUCAAAAAAAUCUAUUCUUUCCUAAUCUAUGGUUUUGAAUCAAGAUAACAUCUUAAAAUCACUCUAAAUUCCUAGAACCCAUACACUGAAUCAUCAUGACUUUGAGGAUAUAGAAUUGAGAUAAGAGGCUGGUCUUAAUUCCCCUCAUGUUGAACUUAAAAUGCAAGAUUAGACAGAUGAUGAAAGCAAAGAAACAAUUGAAAUCAGUAGUAAUUGA